AGAAUUAAGGGAAAAGUUUAGCUGGGAGAAGUUUGCGGCGAUGCUCCUACUGAGCACUCUGCCAAAUCCCUGUAGGAAGGAAAGAUAGGGGGGCAGGAAGAAGGAAAGGAGAGUUAGGAGGAAGAGGGUGAAGAAGGAGCAGGAGGGAGAAGUAGUCACAGGCUGUGUUUGAGAGGAGGGGGCCAGAGGCUGCCGUUUUUGUUCCCUGUGUUUAGGGGGGAGCAAGAUGAGCCUUCUGUCAGCAAUAGAUACCACUGCUUCAGUAUACCAGCCUGCCCAGCUCCUAAACUGGGUCUACCUAUCCCUGCAGGACACACACCAAACCAGUGCCUUUGAUGCCUUCAGACCAGAAUCAAGCAAUGCCUCCCAUCCUGAUAUCAACAGCUACUCCAAAAGCCCCCCUGAUCUGAACUCCUCCAUCCACUCCAGUUAUCUGAACAGCUUCCUGCAACUCCAGAGGACUGAGGCGUUGGGCAACAGCCUUUAUAAAAGUGCAUCACCCUAUGGAUCUUUAAACAACAUAGUUGAUGGGUUGAGCUCUCUAACGGAACACUUCUCAGAACUUUCACUUUCUUCUGAGAACAGGAAACCCAGCAAGAGGCCCCCUCCUAACUACCUGUGCCACCUCUGCUUCAACAAAGGUCACUACAUCAAGGACUGUCCACAGGCUCGUCCAAAAGGUGAAGGACUAACCCCAUACCAAGGAAAGAAGCGAUGCUUCGGGGAAUACAAGUGCCCAAAGUGCAAAAGAAAAUGGAUGAGUGGAAAUUCUUGGGCUAAUAUGGGUCAAGAAUGCAUAAAGUGUCACAUCAACGUAUACCCUCACAAACAGAGACCUUUAGAAAAACCAGAUGGCCUUGAUGUGUCUGAUCAGAGUAAAGAGCAUCCACAGCAUCUUUGUGAGAAGUGUAAGGUCUUGGGAUACUACUGCCGUCGCGUCCAGUAAACCAGCCAAGCAUCACCAGCAAUCAAACAGGCGCAAAAGAGAACGGAAACAUAAAAAGAAACAUGUUGACUUGCGUAUAAAAUAAUAUGCCUUUUUGAAUAUUAGAAUGUAACAUUCUUCCUGUGUAAGUGUAUAAAAUGUAUUUAUGGAAAGUAUUAGAGAUUGUCUUUAAACAGAGUUAGCAUGGUUGCUAUCUAACUCCAGAUUUUUCAUGUUUGGGAUUGUAAAAGUAGGGCCCUUGCAGGAGAAUCACUUCUGAUGCAGAAAAAGCAUAGAAACAGCUUUUGGUGAAUAAUUUCUAAUGAGCAAUGAUUUACAUAAUGUCAUCUUUUAAAAAGUUACCAUUUAAACAGUAUUUUUGUUUUGGGCUUUUGUUUUUGGACUUAAAAUCACAGACCAUUUUCCAGCUACAUUUAUAAGAAAAAUGCUCUGGAACAACAAGUUAGUUACCCCAUCAACUACUGCCAACAUGUGUUUGCCAUUGUGCAGCUUGUUGUGGGAAGGAGAAUUGAAAGUUUGACUAAUUUUCCUUUUAUAUAUCGUAUACUAAACUAUUCAAAAGUCUUUUUAGGCUAAUAGGUCAAAACCAAACAAUCCUUGAGUAAAUCUGGUCUGUGAAAUCCCAAAACAGUAAAAUAAUAAAAUGAUUUAUAAAAUCAAAUCUGGAAGCUAAUGGCAACCUUUAGUUACAGAAAAUGUAAAACCUGCCUCCAUUUUUAGGGAGGCAAGGGGGAUUUGUUUACAUAGAAUGCCUAUUUUGUGCUGCUGGAAAAGUUCAUAAUAUAGUUGACAACUCCAGAGCGUUGAAAUUUUUCAGAAAAAAAAGUGUUAAAAAAAAAGUAAAAAGAAAAAUUGGCCUGAGCAUGAAAUGAUAAAACAAAAUGCAUAACACAACAAAUAAUGGCCAUGUGGUGUUUAAUAGAAGCAGUGUUACAUGUUGCGUUCUGAAAAUGAUUUUUCAGCCAAAAGCACACAAUUUUUUUUUAACUGUGAAUAUGGGGUCAUCCAUGGAUGAAAAUUGUCCCAAGUCUUUGAGCUAGAGUUUUGCAAGAAUAACUAUUUAUAAUAUAUGUUUUAGAAGCCACUUCUGGAAUAUAUGUCUGUCGUUUUAGGAUUGUCUGUCUGUUUGUGUGUGCGUGUGCAUGUGCCUUCGUCUCUAACAGUGUGCUAUAUUGUUUACUCUACGUUUUGUAGUUAGUUAGAUUAUAGGUGGUAAAAUUUAAAGUACAAUACUUAUACUCCUAUUUGAAUACUUUUCCAUAAAUGAAGCAAACCAUAUGACCCUUCACAACAUUAAAAAGGGUAUUUGUAGAGGCCGAGUUUCAAUGCAGCAAAUGAGGCUAAAUGACAAAUACAGCAUGAGUUGUCUAAGUUUAUGGUUAGUGAAUUAUACUCUGCAUGCUCUAUAGCAACUUGCCAAGUAUGGUAUUCCACAUUUUUGUAAUAGAUGCCAGGAGCUAAAGGUAACCUUAAUACAGCCAGCCACCUUUGUAUCAUGAAUUUAAAUAUUAUCUACUAGCAGCAAAGGAUGGCAUUAACAAUGUUUAGAUGUCCUGAGUCAGCUUCCAGCUCUAUAACCCAUAGAAUCUGCCCAUUCGCUCAGAAUUCUGAGAAUCAAGGACAUCAAAACUUACUGAACUCUCAGUAAAGCUAUGUACCCCGGCAAAUACCACUAAUAUGCCUUCUAGAAUUAGUAUGUUCUGGCUCAUUGCCCAUUGCCUAAAUUCUUCUUUGUGUUUCUCAAUUAAAGGAUCACUCUAAGCAGCAUACCCACUACAGGUUUACUGUAGUGGUUAUGGUGCCAGGGGAGCUCUGGAACCACUGCCAUUGUAAGGAGUCGAACUGUUAUAAAAUGUUCGGAACCCUUAGAAUGCGCAGACGCAAGGGCAUUCCUUUGACCAUAAUCACUACAGCUUGCUGUAUUGUGUAUGGUGCUUGGAUUGCUGCUUUAACAUACCAGUCACAUUCACACUACUGGACAUGGCAAUGUCCACAUGGAAAAAAUAUUUCUAAAAGCCGUUGGUUACUGGCAAAAAUGAUAAAUAAUCCAGAGAACAGUAAGCAAAGCAACAAGGGAAUUAAACAUCUGCGUCAUCUGCUUGCUUCAUUCUGCACUAAGACACCUAAAUUCUUGUUCUUAGAUCAGAAACAUUUCUGGUGAACUGUGUUUUUCUGUUGCACUUAUUUCUCAGUUUGUAAAUUGUAUUCUUCGGGUUUGUAUUUAUUUUUUCAAAGUGAAAGUGAAAUUUCUCCAGCGUUUCACUCUGCUUCUAGUCUUAGUUGCAGGGUUAUUCGUUAAACCAUGAACGAUCGGGAUUUUUACAUUUUAGGCAAGAGUAGUUGGACUGGAACAGUUCUUCAACCAACCCAUAUUUCCAUCUCAGCUAUAUUGGCCUUAAAGGGGUUAGUCCAAUAAAAAAAAAUGGUUUUAGGGUCAGGUGCCAUUUUUGCACAGAAUAAACAUUAGCCAGCCUGGAACUUUGAGAAGGAGAUACAGCUCCGGCAGAUAAGGGAUUCAUCUCUGUAUGUGCGAAACGCUGCACAUACAGACUUUAGGCACCAUCACCAUUUCAAAUCAAUGAAGUGGUUAUGGUGCUCAGAGUAACUCAUUAAACUUGAGAUUCCUCGGUGAUUUUAAAACAUCUCACAGUUUGCUGAAUAACCCUGUCUGGUCUUGUUAUGUGGCUACUGUGGUUGAGCUGCUUCAGACCUUUACAAUAAAUAAAGAACUAGCUGUUCAACUGAGAAUGCAGUUAAUACGGAUUUUAGUUAGCCACACAGGACAUUAGAAAUGAUCACCUGCACAAUUUGUGAAGUGGUGAAAGGAAUUCUUGUGCUCUUGCAUGACCAAGGAUUUUCUGCUGUGUUGAAAGUUGGAAUGUUCAUAUGUGAUAAAAGGGCAGUGGAAAGAAUACAUUAUUUACUGGUAAGCAGUCAUGUAGGUGUUAUUGAUGAAAGUGACAAAGGAGUUAUUGAUGAAACGUGUUCGCAUGUAAAAUGUGUAGGAUGCAAUGUAAAAGGGUACUGUGGUGCAUUAGUUUGACUGAACAGUAUCUCGGAGAUAUUGGUGCAUGGUAAUGGAAUGAUUUUCAGUUCUAUGGACUAGGUUUGGCUUACUGAGCUGAUCUUACAUGUUUAUAGAAGGGUAUGUUUAUAGGCAGUAAUAGGUUCACAUUAUCAUGCUAUCAUGGUUAGCCCUUUCAGGGUUUUCAAAUGUUCCUACACUGGAGUAAUUACAGUUUAACAGUAACACUAGAUACACGUUACUGACAAAAUACAUAUACAUGUAUACAUACACACACACAUAUGUACAGACACUCCUCACUUACCGACCGGGUUCCGUUCCUAUGACCGGGUCGCAGAACUAAUUGGUCGGUAAGUGAGGAGUUAAGGGAAUCCCUGCUCUGGUGCGUUCAUCUAGCUUCGGGGAAAUUUCCUCGAACAUAGACGAACGCACCAGAGCAGGGAAUCCCCCACGACGGGCGUCAUAAAACUGGUAGGGUGCUAAAUAGGGACCACCUGUAUUCAAUUUAUAUAAAUAUAACGUUUUAUGGACAGCAUGUUAAAGAUUUUCCAGUUGGUUUGCAAGAAAAACUUUUCUGUUUACAAUAUUGUUACAUACCUUCCAAGUAUCCCAAUUUAGGAGUGACAGUGCCUACUUUGGACCCACAUCCUUCUGUCCCUCUUUUCUAUCUUAAUGUCCCUGUUUUCUGCGAGCUCUAUAUUGUUGGUGUGUCCAAGUGUAUAACAGAGCUCCACAGCAAUAAUACUCACCGUAAACUACAAUAAAUGUUUUUAGAAAUCGGUCUAAUAAGAUAAAUUGUUCUUAAGUGUCCCUAAUUGUCUAUUUUAAUAGACACAUCCAUUGCAGGCUUAUGAAUCUACCAUCAAAACAAUAAAAUGUAUUUAAAUCAUUAAGUCUCUUAAGAAAAGUUAAAUAAUACAAAAUAACUUUGGGUUAAAAUGUACUUUUUUUUGUUCUUAUUAGUGAUAAACAUCACCAGGCACUGGUCAUAUACAAACAGUUAAAACACAAUAUUGCUGGGGAGCACACCAACUUACCUAAAAAAAAAAUUUUACUUAUGAAUGCAGAGUAAGUUAUUGUCCAUUGUUAUUUGGUAAACAAAUACACUUAAUGUAUUAUAUCAUGCCUGCUUGUUUAAAGUAACACUAUAGCGUUAGGAAUACAAAUGUACUCACCUUUUCUCCCCCAGAUCACCUAUCUCUGUGCCACUACACCCACCUCCUUGGCGGAGAUCAUUAAGAUUGAUGAUAUCAGCCAUGCUUUCACACAGAAAAGCAUUGGGAGGCUAGUGCAAAUGUGGUCAAAAUUACUCACUGCACUAAUCAGAUGGUCUCUAUGAGAUUAUCUGAUUCCAAUAGCAGUGUUUUACUCUGAGUGGUCUAAGUGAGAUUAAGUGCUCUGGGUACCUAUAGUGUCCCUUUAAUUUGUUUAGCAUUGACACCUUUAGGAAGUAAAAAACAAACAAAAACAAAUACUAGCUUUUAAAUACUGUAGUGAAUCCAACAUAUAAUCUAUAUAGCUGACUGUGACUUCAGGGUUAAUAUUGGUAUUUAAACAAAAACAAAAUAUAAAACAUUCUUUACCUUUUAAUGCUGAUCAUUUUCAGUAUACACACACAAAUAGCUAGACAUACAGUGUAAGAGGUUUUAAAGGUAAAUCAAUACCUUAGAGCUGAAAAAGUACUGGAAUGGAAUGUGAAGGAAAUAGCAGGUCAAAAAGAGAGGUUGAUGGAGGUUAUUUUUUUUCUUUGCUCAAUUUUGAGUUUGAGAUGGUGUUGACUUGAGUUAAGAUGCUUAUUUGACCCCUUUUACACCCUUUGGGUACUGUUGGAAUUUGAUUUGGUUUGAAAACAAAGCAGUAGACUACACAAUAUAUGAAUUAAAAAAAGCCUUAUGAAAGAGUGUUUUUAAUUGAGAAGAUCUGUCUCUGAUCUAGGGUUCAGGUUAAAGUAACUUCAGACACACCAAACAAGGACCUUUUAACGUUCUCCUGGCUUUAUCUCACAAGCAUCACCACAUGGUGGUGGUGGUGGGAUUACAAUUUCAACUAGCAACGUUUUUGAAAUUCUGCUGUGUCCUUUGUACAGAAAGAACUAUCUGCUAACGAAUUAGAUUUAAAAAAAUAAGCUUAUGUCUUUGCUUUAAAACAUGCUUUGUUUGUGGCCACUAAGGACAAAUUAUCCACCAUGCCUUGGCAGUUUGGAAUUUGUCAUUUUCCACUGUCUGUGCGAGUGUGUGUUGUGUGAAAGUAUUGUUGUUUAUUUAUAUAGCAAAGUUUAAGGGAGCUACUGGAGGGCACAUUAUCUGAGUAUAUUCAUAUCACAAUUGAGUCACUGUAGCUUAAGCCUUAAUCUGUGCCUGUCAUCUUGCUAUGGGUUAGAAGGACAUGUUCUCAAUUGCACACCAAUCUAUGUAUAUUGGAUGAUCUUAUAAAGGGACAAUCGUAUAAUUAUUGUUUACCCAUAUUUUCAGUCUAGAACCAUUUUGCUUGCAGAUAAUUAUUUAUAACGACUUUUACUUGACAUAGCGUUUCUUUUUUUUUUUUAAUACUAUUUGUGUAUUUUGGGGAUGGGGGAUCUUUUAGAUGUUACCUUUUAUUUGGAAGUAGAGACAGGGAAGUUCUCAUUAUUUGGAAAGUUUGGUAGAAGAACAUUUUGCAAUAAUGUCGUAUUCUGUAUAUAUUUUGAGGCCUUCUGGUUUAUUCGUAAAUGUUCAUCUUUGAUGUUUCAUUUUUCUUAAAUGGUUUUUAAAGUUCUUAAGUAUUAUUAUUAUUUUUUUUUUAAAGGGCCAUUUUCCUUCUUUCCAAACACUAAUGAAAGUGAAUUGUUUUCAUAUUUCUUUUACGAGUUAAGGAUGUAUCCUAUAGGAAAUAUUUAUGGAAGAUGUUUGUUUGUGACAAUGCUUAUGUCUGUAUAAAAUACGUAACCAUAUACCAUCAAGAUGAACAUAUUAUCUACAUAAAAGUAUUAUAUAAAAGGUUGGUACAUAAUGUCUAAAAAAAAACAAAAAACCUUUACACAUAUAUGUAAACAAUGUAUUAUUAUUGUGUUGUUAAUGCAUAGUACUUUAAUGGAUAAAAAUAAUAUAGCAGGUUAGCUUUGUGCUAUCAAAACAAUAUUUUGACAAUUCUGUUAAGUUUAUAAUCAUAGUUUUAACUCCUGCACUUGAAAAAAGUGCUUGAUAUGUUUGUUUUUUUUUAAAUCACAGAGCACCCUUGCCUCAAAGGGUUAAACAUUACAUUAAUAUACUUGCGUAUGAUCAAGUGUAUUUUAUAUUUUACAGAAAUGUCUUUAACUCUUAAAAAGGGAAAUUGCGCACUGUAUGUAAGCAGCCAGCUUGUUUUUGUUUUUGUUGUUGUUUUUUUUUUUAAAUUCUCAAUCUUUAUUGAUAUGAUUAGUCUGUAGUACAUAGGAGAUAAGAAUCACACGAGUUGCUUGGUUUCUAAUGCCUUGAAGAAUUGUAUUUAGUCAUUAGUUGGUAAAAUUGCUCUCUUUUUUUAAACCUUAACUGGUCUAAAUCAAAAUGGUAAUGUUUCUGUCAUUUCAAAGAAUAGGACUAAACCUCACAAAUAAUUAGAUUUUGCUAUAUAUUAGAUACACUAAACAUAACAUACACUACUAUCUGAAUAAUAUAUAGUGUGGUGAAUGUACAUAGAUAUAAAUCGCUGUUUCAGUCAGAGGACACUAUUGAUAAUCGUAUCGACCUUGAGAACCCUAUAAACUGCCUGGCAUUUAUCAGGUUUAAAACCUGGUUUGACACGUAAGUGAUAUUUCAGUGCACAUACGGACAUUUACAGACUAUGGCAUUUGUUACAUCGUCAGCUCAAUAUAUCUCGAUGUUCAAAAUCAAGUCAUUUCCGCAGGGUUACGGAGGUAUAAAAAAAAGUUCAACAUUUGAAGUGAACGUGAGAAUAGAGUUAUGUACACAUUAGUCCCUAUAAGUCACACCAAUUUAAGCAGUGUUUACAUGUAAAUAUAAUGCAAAAUUAUUUUUGAUUGAUUUAUUUUACUAAAAAGCCAAGAUUAAAAUGAAGAGGUGCAUUUAGUAAUUCUAAGGAGGUUUAGUUAACGGACCUACUUUGUGCAGUUGUUUAUAUACCUGGGAUGCUAUGCACCUCUAUAGUCUGAGUUAAAUAUUCUUCAUUGAAAUGCUACCUCUGUAUCAACUGGUAACUUUUUAACCAAGUCUGAGAAGUACAAAUAAGAGUUUUACUUCUUUUUUUUAUAUAAAGAUUUCUUUGAAAUUAAUUCAAAACAAGUUGUUACUUACAAAUGUUGACCAUUUUGUAGGUUUAAUUUGUUUUAACAUUAGUCUUUCCAGCAAAAGCUCCGAUAAGUACAGUGGUAAACCUAUGGUAUCUCCUAAAUGAUGGUUAAAGGGGCAGUCUAGGCAUGCUGCAAUCCAGUCUCUAGCAAAUGAGGAAGUAUUAGCAGCAUGAAUUUCAUUUAUAUCUUAUAACCAUGCAUUGGCUGAGCACACUCACUUAAUGAAUGGUUUUAAAAUAUGGACUACACCUUUAAAAAAAGAAGAUCUUUUGGAAUUUUAAUUUAGACAUCAGCUGAUGUAGCUUGUUUGCUGCUAUUUAAAGUAACACUAUACAACUUCUCCAUGGCUAGGACCUUAGACUUUUUUUUCCCCCCUUAAAUACGUACCUGCCUAAUAAUUAGCCAUUUAUAUUAAGAAAUAACAAUACAAACAGUAGCCAAUUUGCCUAAAUAUUUUCGUUAGACUGCUACAGUGCAACUCAGAAAUAAACACGGUAGGGGAUACAGUAUAGUUUAAGGUUAUACUUAAAGGAAAGCCCUGAAAUUAAAAAUAAAUAUUUAUAUGAGAAGCGUUAGCUACAUUUGGCAUUUUCAUGCUGCAAGACCUUUUAAGGGGACUGUCCGUCUAAAAGCCAAUUGAGGCAUGUUCUCAACCAAAUGUAAGCAUUGCCAUUUCUCAGAAACAGCAAUGUUUUACAUUGUCUGAGGAAAGGGGCCGGGUCUUUAUAUCAACUUCUUUACAGAUGUAAAGAAAACUUUUUUUUUUUUUGGUGCUUAAAGUGUCCUUUUCAGAUAAAAUGUAGAGGUAUAAUAUAUCUACAACAUACAAAGGUACAGUAUACAUCAUCCAAAAAUACGAUUCUCUAAGUUUACAGAAAAGGAAAAGUACAACUGUGUUUUAUGUUACAGGAAUAUAUGAUCAUGAAAUGUUACUAUCCUACUAAACGUUAGGCACUGACUAUAUUAUUGUAAAAUAGAUUAUUGAUAAAGAUCAGACUUUUUGAAUUAUUUUGUUCGCAAAUAUUGAGACAGAUGAUUUCAACUGGCUAAAUAUUAUCUCUCUACAAACAAUAGAAAGCCAUGAUCUCAUUUUCAAUAUCUCGGUUGAGGUGUGCAUUAGGUGUAGAAGUGCAUUGGAAGCAAAGCCAUCAUACAUCAUAUCAAGCGGUAGUGUUUGGGAAGACAAUAGUUUCAUAAACAGGUUAGGACAUAGGCAAUAGAUACAUAACUGCAGAUAAAUCAACAUGUAGGUAAGACGUUGAUGAUACAUUUUCUACAAUGCUAAACUCAACUGUUUUACCAUUCAUUGUUUCUUCAUGAGGUGUCCCUUUAAUAAAACAUACCAUUAUUCCAUAUGUGUUUACAACGGGAAUCUGGUGUGCAGAAUCAAAGUUUGAUUCAAACUUGUAAUGUAACCAAAAGGGGAGACUGGGACUAUGGUUUGUUUUGUGCGGAGAUAAUAUUCGAAGUUUGGUGGAACAUGAAGACAUUAUGCUGUACUAAAAGAAACUCAUCUGUCUAUAUUGUAGUAGAGUAAUUAUUGUUAAUUUGUACUCUUAUGUUAUGAUAUGAUCUAAACAAGGCCUAUUAGUUUAUUCUUUAAAUGAUUCUAGCCUGUAAAUACUAGGCAAAUUUCUUGUGUAUUUUCUUUUUUUUUUUUUUUCUGCUGAUCUUGUAAACAUUUGUAUGUAUAGAUUGGAUUAAAAUGUUAAUGGGUAACCAUACAUAGAGCUACAAAUGAUGGGAAGACCCCAAUAUCCAGAAACCACAAAGUGGAAAUCUGGAAGAGGGUGCGUUUCCCAUAUUGGCAUUCCGACUUGUGCCUUAAAUGCUUUGCCUUCAGUGUAGUGUUGUAGUAUUUUAACAACCAAUUAAAAAUUUGCAAACCAA